AUGUCGCAACCCGUCGCUAGCAAGUCCGGCAUACCCCACGAGGUUCGUACAGCGACAGAACCGCGGCAAACCUCGCUGUACCCUGUCCGGCUCUCCUAUAUAGAGCGAGUCAGCUCAGAAGUGCGACUUUUCCGAUUUGAACUCCUAUCAGAAGAUUCUACCUGCUCAAAGUUUCUGUAUCCACCGGAGACCUUCACUUUUCUUCCCGGUCAAUGGGUGGACCUCCACAUACCCACAUUGCAUGAUGCAGGUGGUUUCACAAUAACCUCCACGCCGCGAGAGGCUUCUCCCGGAGCCUCAGAACAACCGUAUAUCGAGCUUGCGGUGCAACAAUCCCCAAAUCCAGCAGCAAAAUGGCUCUGGUUAUCCGAAAAGGAGAUUCUUGGCACUGAGGUUCAAGUGCGAGUGGGCGGGUCAUUUGUUUGGCCUCCACCUGUCACAGAAAGCCAUUUCCCAAUAACCGAUAUUCGCAAUAUUGUUUUUAUAGCGGGUGCGUUUAUUCUGCUUUAUAACCCCCUCAUAUCAAUGAUCUCCUAUAUACACGACGCUAGGUCUGAUUUGCACCCUUCUACCAAAGUUCACCUUCUUUAUAGCACCAAACUCCCAUCAUCAGUUCUUGAAUCAAGCUACAGAGCUCAAGAUAUGCUAGACCACAUCCUAUUUCUCCCACGACUUAGACAUAUGGUGCGCUUACAACAAAAGGAGCAACAGGAGGGACAAAAUCGCGGAGGGCAACUCCAUGUAAAACUAUAUCUGACUAACAUCUCCGCAGUCGAUGUCAAAGGCGUAGAGGAUGAGCUACUUGGCGAUGUGUGCCUUUAUGACCGUCGAAUCUCAGUUGCCGACAUACAUGACCUUGUUUCGACGGUAAGCAAUGAGCGUGGCAAAACUGUAUGUAAUAUAUGUGGACCCCCGGGAAUGACAGAUACAUAUGUCGAUGUGCUGAAAGGGGUUUUUGGGGACGAUAAGGUUUUUUUCGAAAAAUGGUGGUGA